UCCACGUUGUGUUUACACGGAGUGAGGUCCAAAAAGCCUCCCUGUGCCGCAGGGCCUUAUCGCCCGCUCCCCUGCUCCCCCCGGACCUAUAUAAGGGCCGGCUCCCGUGGGAGGGACGCGGGAGGCACCGGGACUCAGGUGAGGGACGGGGGCUCCUGGUGUCUGGUUCGGCUUUGUGCGGCCGGAGGAGCCGGGGCCCCGCAGAGCCCGGCCCGGCAGACCAUGCUGCUGAAGGCUGCGCUGCUCCUCUCCCUCCUGGCUGCCUUCCCAGUGUCACCGGCCCAGGCGGGGCAGGGCGGCUUCUGGGAAUACCUGAGCCAGCUGACACGGGACAAGGACAGCCUGGAGCACGGCCACGGCAAGCUGGGCAAGGACAUCACGAACCUGAAGGAAAGCAUUCAGGAUGGGGUCAGCUACAUGGGAGACUUCCUGGGGAAGCUGUCGCCCCUCGCCAGGGGCCCGCAGCCCCGGCUGUCGCAGGACUCGGAGAGCCUGCGGAAGGUCCUGCGGAGGGAGCUGGAGAGCCUGCGGGUGAAGCUGUCCCCGUACGUGGACGAGGUGCACCACCAGGUCGGGAAGCAGCUGGACGAGCUGCGGCACCGGCUGCAGCCGUUCACGGAGGAGCUGCUGGACGAGGUGUCCCUGCGGGCGCGGGAGCUGCGGCGGCAGCUGCUGCCCAGCCGGGAGGUGACGGCGCAGCUCCUGGAAGGGGCCGGCGAGCUCCAGCGCUUCGUGGCCCACUACGCCGACAAGAUCGCCUCGCACACGGAACAGGUGAAGGACAUCUUCCAGCCGUACGCCGACAGGCUGGUCACCGAGAUCCACCGCAACGUGCAGGAGCUGCACCGCUCCGUGGCCCCGCACGCCCGCGCCACGCCCGAGCAGCUCAACCGGCACAUCCAGGAGCUGUCGGCCAAGCUGACCCGCAACGCGCGGGACCUGCACCGCCAGAUCCAGAGGAACCUGGAGCAGCUGAAGGCGAAGCUGAGCCUGUACCCCGAGAGCCUCGGGGAGCCCCCGGCCCCCCCCGGCCGGUACCGGGAGGCGCUGGCGCGGGAGGUGCAGCGGCGGGUGGAGGAGUUCCGGCGGGACACCUACGUCCAGAUCCAGGCCUUCACGCGGGCGCUGGACCAGGAGACGGAGGAGAUGCGGCUGAAGCUCAGCGCCCGCCCGGACCCGCCGGAGGAGCCGCGGGACGCGCCGCCGCCGCCCGUGGAGGACCUGCGGGCCCAGCUGGACGCGCUGUGGAGGGAGCUGGCGCUCAGCCUGGGCGGGGAGGCGGGCGGGGCGCGGGCCGGGGCGGGGGCCGCGGGGCCGGGCCGGGAUGAACCGCAAUAA